AUGGAAUGCGAGGGGUGGGAGUCGAGAGAAUUAUCGCAGGGGCGAUUCGAGAGAGGAGAGAAAGUGGUCGAGGGGGAAGAGAAGGAUAGAAACUUUAUAGGCGAUGAAGAUGAGACUUUUGGAGGAGUGAAACAUACCCCAAUGAAGAGCGAUGAUGGCAGGAAAGCAAAUAGAAUAUGGGAUGGAAUUCCGAGUAUUGGCCCUGCUGACGAAACCAACCAGGAUGGGGCCCAGGGACUCCAGAAGGAAUACGACAAUGCAGAAACCUCCAAUGCAAACAGAAACAAGAGGAGGGAAAGGGGGAAAGAAAAAUGUAUGAAAGAGGAGAGAGAAAGCGAGACGAAGCGAUAGAGGGAAGAUGAGCUGUCCCCAAUACGAGGCGUAAUGGCCCAGGUGACUGGAUU